UCCCGGGAUGUCCCCCCGGGCGGUGCCCCCGGCGCUGGACCUGGUGCUGGGCGCCUCGGCCUGCUGCCUGGCCUGCCUGUUCACCAACCCGCUGGAGGUGGUGAAGACGCGGCUGCAGCUGCAGGGCGAGCUGCGGCGGCGGGGCACGGGCCCGCGCCUCUACCGCGGCGUGGGGCAGGCGCUGCUGGCCGUGGGCCGGGCGGACGGGCUGCGGGGGCUGCAGAAGGGGCUCGGGGCCGCCCUGCUCUACCAGGGCCUCAUGAACGGGCUCCGCUUCUACUGCUACUCCCAAGCCCAGCGGGCCGGACUCACCCAGCUGCCCGGGGGAAACGCCGCCGCCGCCGCCGCCGCCGGGGCCCUGGGGGCCCUGCUGGCCAGCCCGGCCUACCUCGUGAAAACCCAGCUGCAGGCCCAGACCACUGCCUCCAUGGCCGUGGGACACCAGCACAAUCACCAGAGCCUCUCCGGCGCCUUCAAGACCAUCUACCGGCGGCAAGGCUUCCUGGGCCUGUGGCAGGGGGCGAGCGGGGCUGUGCCCCGGGUCAUGGUGGGCUCCUCCGCCCAGCUGGCCACCUUCGCUUUGGCCAAGGACUGGGUCCAGGAGCGCCAGUGGCUCCCAGAGAACAGCUGGCUGGUGGCCCUGGCAGGGGGCAUGAUCAGCAGUGUGGCCGUGGUCGGAGUCAUGAUGCCAUUCGACGUGGUCAGCACCAGGCUGUACAACCAGCCCGUGGAUGAGAUGGGCAGGGGAGUACUGUACCGAGGCUUGCUUGACUGCUUCGUGAAGAUCUCCCAAAAGGAGAGCGUCCUGGCCCUCUAUAAGGGCCUGGGUCCCGCCUACCUGCGCCUGGGACCCCACACCAUCCUCAGCCUGCUCUUCUGGGACGAGUUUCGCAAGCUCUUCUGCCACUACCAGCAUCAGGGCUUCUAGGGACCGGCUGUGGACCGCAGGCGCCUGGGCCCCGGCCCCAGUCGGGGAGGAGAAAGACCCCUCGGGGCCACCCCAAACAGAGGGGAUCUCAAGACCUGAGAUUCCCGCACCCAUCCCCGUCCCUUUCCACAGAUUCCCCCACCCCGAGCCGGGUCGGACUGCGGGCCCGGGCAGCGGGGAGGGAGCUGAGGGCAGAAGAUGGGCAAGCAGUGUGGAGAACCAGUGCGGAGAUGCAAGAGAGAGAGAGAACUCCUGCUCUGUACGAUUCAUUCAAUCGUAUUUAUUGAGCACUUGCUU